AAGAAUAAGACUGGCAACAUUCCACCUGUUAGAUUGAUGCCUAACUAUUAUUGAGGUGCAACGCAAGUGGCAAAACUAGCUAACUAUAUUAUUUCACAAUCUUCGGCAGUGCGCUAAGAUAUGGCUUCUGUGUGGUUAUUUAUAGUCCCGCUGGUCUUUACGGCAUGCAGUUCAGAAGAAACUUCUGGCCGAGAUACAAAUCCAGUGAAUGACCCGCUGUCUUCAUUUCCAUCGAACCAACUUCCGAGCUCUGGGAAUAUCAGUGGAUGCGCAAGCGGCUCCUGCGUGCUGUUCAGAGAAUGUCCAAUGGCCAUGGAAAUGUUUGGAAAUUCAAGAGGGACUGGCAUGUUAGGACCUAAUAUUUGUAAUGCCGGUGGAGCAGCUGGUGUGUGUUGCCAAAAUCUAACGUUAAACGCCGCUACUCGCUCCGGUGUGGUCGAGGAGGAUGCAACUUCAAGGAUACCUGCGCUUUGUGGAUUGUCGUUGGCUGCGAGGAUCACUCGGGGCCGCAACGUCAGCCUCGGAGAGUACCCAUGGAUGGCCGUUUUACUGCAGCAAUCUCCCCGCACUGGGACAUUUUUCCAUUGUGGCGGAUCUCUGAUAAACAGUCGCUACGUUCUGACAGCCGCUCACUGCGUGGAUGAAGUUCGCCUCCCUCGAGGAUAUUCGCUUUCGGUUUCACUUGGCGAUCACGUUCUCAAUACAGACCCUGACUGUGCCUCCUCCACAUGCGCGCCGAACGCGAUCAGGAUUGCAGUUGAAAGCAUCAUCGUUCAUCCAGAGUAUAAAGGACUGAUCAACGAUAUUGCGUUACUGCGCCUCAGCCGACCCGUAACUUUAAGCGAAUACAUCAUCCCCAUCUGCUUGAGAGGCUUAAGACAAACUGAAGCUCUCACGACAGGAAAAUUGACCGUUGCGGGCUGGGGUUCGGACGGCACACGAUCGACCACUAACAUCUUGAAUGCCGCCAGCCUGCCCAUCGUUAGCCCUUCUGUAUGCCGUAGCCUUUACUCCUCAGCAUUUAAUGUGGACGGCAGGCAGCUCUGCCUGGGCAGCGAGCAAGGGAUGGACUCUUGUACCGGUGACUCGGGCGGCCCUGCCUUCGCGUUUGACAGCUCUGGCCGCGCCGUGCAGCUGGGACUAGUUUCGUUCGGCCCGACGGUCGCUUGCGGCCAAGUGGCCGCUGUCUACACUCACGUGCCUUAUUAUCUUGACUCAUUUAUAACGCCUAAUAUAAAAACUUGAGGCCAGUUCCCGUGCUAGGACAGAACAUCGAAAUGUUCGUUUACCUCUCCAAGUUUUUUUGAAGCUAUGAUCGUACUCGAAGUUCUUGGUUAGGUAAACCUAAUGUAGUUAUUAGGUUUGAAGCUCUAUGUAUCGACACUUCAAAAGAAGUUUUUUUUUUACUUCUUUGGAUAUUGAUGCAUUUAGUGAUGUCGCAGAAUAUUAUGUUCAAAAAUAUUAUAAUGAUUGGAUUCAUCAAAUGAUGAAUGAAGCUGUGAAACUGCUUAGCGAAAUGUGGAAUAAUGUGGAGUUGACCCA